GCGAGAAUACAAGUCAGUUUUGAACUUAGCGCUGCCUGUAGAUAGCAAAUAACGAUUUAUAUUAUUUGUUAUGUGAAAAAAACUAACUUUAAAUCGUUGAUGACGACGUUUUUCUUGCCACGGAGCACCAUCGGCAAGGUCCGUUGCCAUAGUUACUCUAGAGAGAGGGCGAGACUGCUCACGUGACCCAGCAAGAUGGCGACCACAAUGCAGAAUGGAUUUGAAUGAUUUAAACUGAGUGGAUCCGUUUUGCUGGGAUUUUGGAUCUGCUGGUUAAUUGUUCAUCACAAUCAACAUCGUCACUUCAGAGACUAAAGAUGGCCCUAAAUGUGUUUGAUCACGAUGAAUACAGACCACCAGUGUGGAAGUCUUACUUGUACCAGCUCCAGCAGGAGGCACCUCACCCACGCAGACUCACCUGCACCUGCGAGGUGGACAACCGACCUAAAUAUUAUGGGAGAGAGUACCACGGGAUGAUCUCGAGAGAAGAGGCCGACCAGUUGCUGAGUCAGGCCGAAGGCAGCUACCUCAUCAGAGAGAGUCAGAGACAGCCGGGCACAUACACACUGGCUCUGAGGUUUGGGAACCAGACAAGAAACUUCCGUCUCUACCAUGACGGGAAGCACUUUGUUGGAGAGAAGAGGUUCGAGUCCAUCCACGACCUGGUCACAGACGGCCUCAUCACACUCUACAUUGAGACAAAGGCAGCGGAGUACAUCGCUAAGAUGACCAUAAACCCCAUCUAUGAACACGUAGGCUACACCACACUGAACCAGGAGCCCACGCUGAAAAAACUCCUGCCACAGAGCCCAGAGGCCCCCGAUGGACCCGCUCCGGCCAAAGACGACCGCAACGCUGAAGAGAGGCUCACGUCUCUGGUGCGGCGGGCCACUCUGAGGGAGAGCGACUUGACGCCCAAGUAUGAGAAGGUCCACAACUUCAAGGUUCAUACAUUUAGAGGCCCCCACUGGUGUGAAUACUGUGCCAACUUCAUGUGGGGUCUCAUCGCUCAGGGAGUCAAGUGUGCAGACUGUGGGUUGAAUGUCCAUAAGCAGUGCUCCAAAGUGGUGCCCAACGACUGCCAGCCGGACCUGCGGCACGUCAAGAAAGUGUACAGCUGCGACCUGACCACGCUGGUCAAAGCCCACAACACCAAGAGGCCCAUGGUGGUGGACAUGUGCAUACAGGAAAUCGAGGCUCGAGGUCUCCAGUCAGAGGGUUUGUACAGAAUAUCUGGCUUCAGUGAGCUGAUUGAAGACGUCAAGCUGGCCUUUGACAGAGAUGGAGAAAAGGCAGACAUUUCCUCAAACGCUUACGAGGACCUCAACAUCAUCACCGGAGCCCUCAAGCUCUACUUCAGAGAGCUGCCUAUUCCUCUCAUCUCAUAUGAUGCCUACCCACGCUUCAUAGAAACAGCAAAGAUUGCAGACCCGGAGAAACGUUUGGAGUCGCUCCACGAGGCCUUGAAGCUGCUGCCGCCAGCUCACUGCGAGACGCUGCGAUACCUCAUGGCUCACCUCAAGAGAGUGACUGAGUACGAGAAGGAGAACCUCAUGACCAGCGAGAACCUGGGUAUUGUCUUCGGCCCCACACUGAUGAGGGCCCCCGGGCUGGACGCGAUGACGGCGCUUAACGACAUCCGAUACCAGAGACUCGUGGUGGAAAUGCUCAUUACCAACGAAGACGUGUUGUUCUAAGAUAAGGGGGGAGGGAAACGACUCUUCCAGCGAGGAGAGGAACGGACAGAUUGCAGUCCCUCCUGUGAAAAGAUGGAGGAAAGGGUGACUUUUUACAAGACGAUGAAGAAGAAACACACAAAACGGAAACAAGGACUAUUUUUUGUGAGGAGUCGAUAGACGGAAAAUGAAGGAAGAGGAGGAGAAGUAGAUUGAAGGAUGCAGUGUUUCCCUACAUUUUAAACUCAAACAACAGGCCUGAAUCAAAAUAUACAAUUUCACAGCCUUACUGGAUAGAAUUAAAAUGUUAUGACCUUUUUUGAAAAGCUGGGAGAAAAGUUAGAAUUCUCUAUCGUAAGGAGAAAUUGUCUGUGUAGGAGAAACACUGUGAUCUAUCUUUAUGUUGAUAACUUUCUUAACUGAUUGCCUUGACAGUUUUUAGUUUUCCUCUUUACCAGACGUAUUUUAGGUCCUACUGAAAAUAAUCUGGGACCUCGAAAAUCCAUCAAAGAGUCCAAAAUGAGCCAAAAGCUAAAGAAAGUGUCAUUUAAUGGUUCGAGUGAUUUCUAAUCAACUUUUUCCUCAAACUCUGGUAGUAUGAGAUUAGCUUGCUUUGUUUUCCGCCGUGUCAGCAUGUCCCUUUAAUCCUCCUCAAGACAAGAAGAAGCUCUGACUUCAUAACAGUAGACAGCAGGAUGAAUGAAUGAAUGGAAAAGGGAACCACUCACCCAUAAUGCGCACUCAUUCAUCUGAAUGGAAUCGGGAUGUCACCAUACCAGGAAUUUAGUCAUUGACUCCAAUGCAAGUGAAGUUCCACCAUUGUCAAUACCCAAUUCGAUACUACUGUAAAACAUUCUUCCUGACCACUAGAGGUCGCUGUCAUCCAGAUAUUUCAUCUCAGGAGGAAUUUAUAGAACCUCGGGGUUCAUUCUGUAGUUUAGAGCUUUAGGUAUCGACAUGGUAAUGAACUAUCAGUUGUCGUGGCAACCCCAGAAUGGAACUUAAGUGACUUGGACCUACUGUGUUUUCAUUCCUCUUUUAAAGCUCUUUACAGCUUCCUCUUCGAUGAAAUUCAGUUUUUCCCAAUGUGAGGAAAAAAGAAAAAGCCAGUAAGUCAAUACUGUAGGAAGGUUUCUCAUUAUAUUGAUUUAGUGUUGCAACUUAAUGACCUAGUAUCAUAAAAAAAUAAGAAUGACUUGGUUAUCUCAAAAUAAUGACCUAAUAUUAAUCUUAAAACAAUGACUUAGUACAACAAAAAAAUUGAAAAAUUGUUCAAAAUAAUGACUCUGAAUAAUUCCUUCAUGGUCUCAGAAUGACUUAGUGUCUUUAAAAAAAAUCUUAUCUCUAAAUAAUGAGUUAAUAAUAACCUCAAAAUGAUGACUCAGUAUCUCAAAAUAAUGACUGUGUUAUUCCUGAAGGAUUGCUUAAUAAUCUCAAAAUUACUUUCUUUAAAAAAAGUACUUAUCUCUAAAUAAUGCUUUAUUAAUAAUCUCCUAAUGAUGACUCAGUAUCUAGAAAUAACGACAGAUUUUCUCAAAAUGAUACUUUGCAUUUCAAAAUAAAGAGAAACUCUUAAAAUGGUAACUUGGUAUUAAAAACACUUAGUCAAUGUUAUGAGAUAUUAUGUAAUUAUUUCAAAAUAAAUGUCAUUAUUUUGAGAUUCAUCUUUUAAAACUUAACGUUUCUCAUUCUAAUGACUAAUAGGAUCUUUUUCCCCUCACAUUGGCCAAUCUGAUAAGAGAAAAAUGGGUUUCCACACUUCAUUUUUAAGUCACAGAAAAAUUCAGACUUAACAUAUUUUGUCUUUAUUACAAGCUUUUGUUCAAGAUCUGUUGUUGUAUAGUUUCAAUCCAGUUAAUAGAGCUUUACACAAACUUCUUUUUCUCACCGUACCUAGAGCAAUCCUUUAUUUCCUCACUUCUCCAACUCCUUGUUUCGCCUCUGAAGGUGAAAAAUGGCCGGUAAAAAUGUAACAUCAUGUAGCCCUUGUAAGAGGGAAAAUUUCCUAAAAAUAUAGCUCUUUUCUAGUUAUUCUAUCAGAGUUUUGAAUGGGAUUAUUGUCUCCACACAACACUAAUUCUUUGGCAGAGAGGAACACAUCGUAAUUGACUUGAAACAUAGAUAUGUGAAACAGUGCUUUAUGUUUUUGCUUUGCUCCGGGUUGUAUAGUGAUUAAGCAGUGUUAACAAGCAGAUUUUGCGCUUGAAUUAGUAAUUGAAAUUCCUAAUUGCUUUCACCAGAGUGAAAUAAUAAUUUUCAAGGCCUGUCAAAUUUAUUGGUCAGAGUGGGAUCAUUCAGACUUAAGUACUGAGAUGGGGUUUGGGCACCACAUUAUUUGAAAUGUUAAUAUGAUCCUAACAAAAACUCAUAAUGUUAAUUAAUCUGUAUCCAUGUUUGCAAUUAAAGUAGUAUUAACGCUUCCCUCUCUGUGGUGACAGUAAGGCGAUAUUGUGACUUGUUUGCAAAGAUGAUUAAAACUGUGAAAUUAUGAGAAAUAAUAUUGCUUACAUGUAAGUUAAGGCCAGUUUGGAUAUUUUUUAUUUAAUCAUUUUUUACAGGCAGAGAAAACCAGAUAAAUACAAGUUAUUGUAAUCAAAGUUUCCUCCAGAUAUGUGAAGAUGAACAGGCUAAACAUUGCAAAGCUGUAAUGUCUUGACCUACUCUGAUGUGAUGAAAGCAGUAUUAAUUUGUCGGAUGAUGUUUCUAAUCAUCUGUAAGAUGAAGGAGUAUUUUUGCCAUGAUUUUUUAUUUUUUAACUAGUGCCAUUUGAAAAGGGUGGAGGUGUAAAAAAGCAAGCCUUCUGCAUGCUACCCCCCACCUUAGCUAACACACUCAACCCCCUUUUCAUUCAUUUCUACCCCCAUUUUUGUCGGGGGUCACUGAUUACGUAUUCGACAACCCACCAGAUGCCAGGACCCAUUUCAUAAUGCAAAGACAGUGAGGGUUGUAAAAAAUUAAUAACUGGGUGCAAAGUGGAUGUAACCUAAAAUAACAUCAGCAUUUUUUUUCUAACAAAACUAGAUUUUGCUUCUUUAUUUUAACUAUUUUGUUGUACUAACUACCAUCAGCCUAACCCAAUAACAACAUGUGAGCCUUCAGUGAUCUGUGACACUUUUUUUUCCUGCAUCAUGAAAUGUCAUUUUCUUAUUAUAAUUAUUAUUGUCAUUGCUGUAAAGUAUUUUCUAUAUGGUUUAUGCAUGGUGAAAUUAAAUUAUUAAAUAUGGCUCUCA